GAAUAUCUGGUAUCAAAUCCACAGAAAUAUCUAAAACUUUAGAUUGACCAAACUUAGGGUUUAUCGUAUUUGUAUAUUUGCUAUGGCGACGCCGGCGAACCCUCCGAACUCCGAAUCCGAUACCGACAUAACAAAUCAGGUUACGAACUCCAAAUCCGGCCCGAAUCCUGAAUUCACUUCUGACGCGUUAACCGCCACGAUUCCAUCUAGUCCUGUCGUCUGCCUCCUUAGGUUCGCCGGUGACUCUGCCGCUGGCGCCUUCAUGGGCUCCAUUUUCGGCUACGGGUCAGGAUUGAUAAAAAAGAAAGGCUUUAGAGGAUCCUUUGGGGAAGCAGGAGCUUCGGCAAAGACUUUUGCAGUUUUGUCAGGAGUUCAUAGUUUAGUUGUCUGUUUCCUGAAGAGAUUACGGGGAAAAGAUGAUGUUAUCAACGCUGGAGUAGCUGGAUGUUGCACUGGUCUUGCGCUAAGUUUUCCAGGUGCACCUCAGGCGCUAUUACAAAGUUGUCUCACCUUUGGGGCUUUUUCAUUCAUCAUCGAAGGUCUUAACAAACAGCAACCUGCAUUAGCACUAACUGCGCAAACGAAUGUCAAAAGUAGGCAAUAUGGUGUGCUUGCUCCUUUGUCACUACCUCUACCAAGUGAGCUUAAGGAAUCCUUUUCAUUCUUCUGCCAGUCCCUUGAAAAACGUCGCAAGCACAACAAUCAUGGUUCUGGUUAGAUAGUGAAGAAAUGAUGUGGUUCUCAACCUUAUGUCAAUGUUGGCAUGAUUAUGAAGUUUUGUAAAUUGUAAUUGACUUUUAUUCUGCUUUUAAGAGUUAUGGAUCGUGGUUUUCUAGCUGGUGUAGCCAAGUUUAUUUAUUAAUACGCAAUCUGGAUAAGUUGUCUAGUGA